AUGUUUAACGCUUUGCUCUCUUCGUAUCCACCACAAGUUUCCGAAGCAAACCUAAAGCAUUUAAAAGAACUGUCUAUUGACUGGGCUCUUUCCCAUGGCGUAGUCAUUCGUCCACCUGCAGAUCUUGCUUUAGCAAAUAAUUCUUCUGUGAUACAUGCACCACUAGCUUUAUUCCCUUCCCCGUUUCCAAAAAAAGCCUUCGAGAAAGGUUUAUUGCUACAACCUUUAUUUAACCUUCUUUUUCAUAGGUUGACCAAAGAUAAUGAAUAUAUAAAAGAGAUUAUGAAUGAAAAUAAUUGUAGAAAUAGAUUAUCCAAGGGAGACGACUUUAUCGAAAAGCUUUAUAAUAUAUAUUUGACCGUGAACAAGGAAGGAAUAUCGCAGCCAAUUUCUCUGUCUAUAAGCAGAUCCGAUUAUCUUUUACAUCUUCCUUCUGGUGCUAAUGAACCAAAGAUAUUACAAGUAGAGUACAAUACUAUAGCCAGUUCUUUCUCAUCUUUAUCUACUUUGGCCACAGAUAUGCAUAGAUAUCUGCUGAAGUCUACCAAUUACUUUGAUUCAUCAUCUAUCAUUAAAAACGAAUCAUUACCGCAAAAUGAGGCUAUGGAUAGUUUAGUAAAAGGUAUUGCGAAAGCACAUGAACUAUAUGGAUCGCAAAAUGCUGUAGUAGUAAUAAUUAUUCAACCAAACGAACGCAAUGCCUUUGAUCAACGUUGGAUCGAAUACAAGUUGCUUGAAAAUUAUAAUGUCCAAAUGAUUCGCAAAACGUUAACAGAAAUCGGACAGGAAGGAAGAUUAGAUCCAGAAACUAAAGCGUUACAUAUUGAUGACAAGGAAAUUUCGGUCGCAUAUUUUCGUUCAGCUUACGGUCCGGCAGAUUAUCUCACUGAGAAGGAUUGGGAUAUUAGAUUAUUAAUUGAACGCUCUAGAUCUAUAAAAUGUCCUACUGUGGCAUAUCAGCUCGUGGGUUCAAAGAAGAUUCAACAAAUGUUGACGAAUCCAGGCGUUCUUGAACGGUACAUAUCCAAUGAAUCAGAUGUACAAAACUUGCGUUCUUGUUUUGCAGGACACUAUCCUCUUGAUGCUUCUUCCGAAGGUGAAGUGGCUGCAAAUCUAGCUCUUAAACACCCCGAGGACUAUGUUAUGAAACCGCAACGUGAGGGAGGUGGGAACAAUAUUUAUUCCACAGAUAUUCCUAAAUUUAUUUCUGGGCUUUCGUUAUCUGAGCGCUCUACCUACAUAUUGAUGGACAUCAUUCAGUCACCCUUGAUUCAUAAUUUCCUGCUAAGACAAGGUGAACUUAUUGAAGGGGACAUGAUCUCGGAACUGGGUAUUUAUGGCGUGUUUAUAGGAACAAGUAACAGUGAUUUCGAAAACGAAUCUAUUGUGAAUGAAACUGCCGGGCACUUAUUGAGAACUAAACCUAAAGAAACAAAUGAAGGUGGCGUGGCAAGUGGAUUCGCGGUAAUUGAUUCACCACUUUUAAUUUAA